GUAUGUCGUGCGCCGUGUGUUUGUGUAUGCGGUUAGCACAAAUCCAGCGAGAAAGAAACAACCAACGUUGGCUAUAUGUAUUAACUUCAAAACAAAGUUCAGUUUAAGCUGGAGCGCAGUCGAGGUUGCGUCGUUUGUUCGUUCGGUCGGCUUUUAGUCCAUUCGUUUCGGCUAGUUCCUAUGUUGUGUACGCAUGAUACGUCAGAUACCAGAUCCCAAAAAUAGAUUCAUGAGUACGACAACAGAAAAGGGACACGUCGCUAAAGGACUCUUCGGGAGAAUCAAACUACCUUAAUACUAUAGCUAAACCUAGUUAAAUAUGUCAAAAACAGGGUCCAGCAGAGGAACCAACGGUAGAAUACGAUUCACGCCUACCACAACGCAAUGGUCCGCCCUGGAGAAGGGCUCCUGCUGUGGACGCCCCAGUUCUCUCGGAGAGCCUUCGUACCGAAAGAUCGGGCGAAGAAAGACACUCCAAAUGCACGUCCACGACCCUGGAACGACGGCAACGGCGACUCCUGAUUCAAAACUCAAUAGAAUCUAUUUAUGUACAUUUAACCAAAUGGCACAGAGCUGUAUAUAUUUUGUAUUAUUUUUAGUAAUCCUAAGCCCAAAUACUAGUUGUGCUCUACGGAGUAGUGGGGGUGAGACUCAGAAUUACGCCGGAAUACUCAGCAACGAGAGCGCGACAUAUGUGUCGCCCAGUAGAACAAGCCAUCCAACAGAUUCCCACAGCUCCUCCAAGGUUGACUCAGACUUGGGAGGUGACGGAGGUCAAGCACAGACCAUUAGUGGAGUUGGAGGCACCUACGAAAACAAAUAUAAAAAUACUCACACAAAUGCCAGUGCGAAAGAUGAAAACUCUGACCCGCUUCGUCAGCAGCAAAACAGCCUCGACCUCGACGGGGUCGAUAUGUUUGGCGCCUGCAGUAUUCCCGAGGAGGCGAUGUACACGAAUGAGUUCGCCGUUAACAUUCCCGCUGGCAAGCAUGUGGCAGAUGUCAUAGCUAACAAACACGGAUUUAUCAACAGGGGACAGAUUGGAUCACUCGAUAACUACUACCUGUUCCAGCACCAUCACGUGUCGAAGCGCUCGCUGCGCUCCAGUCGCAAGCACCAGGGAGCCCUUAGAUCAGAGAACGAGGUGAAAUGGAUGCAGCAGCAACACGAAAAGGUGCGCCGGAAGAGGGACGGCCCAUACCAGGAUUUGCCAACCUACAGUCCGUAUAAUAUUUUACGCCAACCCGGCGGCUACGUUGUCGAUCCGAAUCCGCAUCUUUCAUUCUCCCCAGAGUCCAUUUCGCUAGCAUCGCACUCGCCGCGCAUGGAGUACAGGGACGUCAGCUCGCAUUUCAUAUUUCCGGAUCCGUUGUUUAAGGAACAGUGGUACCUGGUGAGUAAAAACGGCGGUGCUAAGGAUGGCUUGGACAUGAAUGUGGGUCCGGCCUGGCAGAAGGGUUACACGGGAAAGGGCGUGGUCGUGUCCAUUUUGGACGAUGGCAUUCAAACGAACCACCCAGACUUGGCCCAGAACUAUGAUCCAGACGCCUCGUUCGACAUAAAUGGCAACGACUCGGAUCCGACGCCGCAGGACAAUGGCGACAACAAGCACGGGACCAGGUGUGCCGGCGAAGUGGCAGCGGUGGCUUUCAACAAUUACUGCGGAGUGGGAGUGGCCUACAAUGCCAGCAUUGGUGGCGUCCGAAUGUUGGACGGAAAGGUCAACGAUGUUGUGGAGGCGCAGGCAUUGAGCCUUAAUCCCUCGCACAUCGAUAUCUACAGCGCGUCCUGGGGACCGGAGGAUGACGGCUCCACUGUCGAUGGUCCUGGGCCGUUGGCGCGCCGCGCUUUCAUCUAUGGAGUGACCAGCGGGCGACAGGGCAAGGGAUCGAUUUUCGUGUGGGCCUCCGGCAAUGGCGGCCGCUACACAGACUCCUGCAACUGCGAUGGCUACACCAAUUCGAUCUUUACCCUGUCCAUAUCGAGUGCAACUCAAGCCGGCUUCAAGCCUUGGUACCUGGAGGAAUGCUCCUCCACGCUGGCAACCACCUACAGCUCCGGGACGCCGGGUCAUGACAAGAGCGUUGCGACCGUAGACAUGGACGGCCGCCUGAGGCCCGACCACAUCUGCACCGUGGAGCAUACGGGCACUUCAGCGUCGGCGCCACUGGCAGCCGGCAUAUGCGCCUUGGCGCUGGAGGCAAACCCGGAGUUGACUUGGCGCGACAUGCAGUACUUGGUGGUGUACACCUCGCGACCCGCGCCACUGGAGAAGGAGGGCGGAUGGACCUUGAACGGCGUGAAACGGAAGUACAGCCACAAGUUCGGCUACGGACUGAUGGACGCCGGAGCAAUGGUGUCGCUGGCGGAGCAAUGGACGUCGGUGCCGCCGCAGCACAUCUGCAAGUCGCGGGAGAACAACGAGGACCGGAAGAUAGAUGGCACGUAUGGCUAUUCCCUGGCCACGCAUAUGGACGUGAAUGGGUGUGCAGGCACCAUCAACGAGGUGCGCUAUCUAGAGCACGUUCAGUGUCGCAUAACGCUACGCUUUUUCCCGCGCGGAAACCUGCGCAUCUUGCUCACCUCGCCGAUGGGCACCACCAGCACCCUGCUGUUCGAGCGGCCGCGGGACAUCGUCAAGUCCAACUUCGACGACUGGCCCUUCCUCAGUGUCCACUUUUGGGGCGAGAAGGCGGAGGGUCGCUGGACUCUGCAGGUAAUCAACGGUGGGAGACGGCGCGUCAAUCAGCCGGGCAUCCUGUCCAAGUGGCAGCUGAUCUUCUAUGGCACCUCCAGCCACCCGAUGCGGCUUAAGUCUGAGCUGCUCAACAGCAGUCCCCAGCUGCGCAGCCCCAUUGGCUCCAACCCCUUCAUCAUCCCAUCAGCCUCGAACAUCGGACAGCCGGCCAACGAGGGUGGAAACUUCAACACGGACAGCUUUGCCAGCUACCUCAACUAUCAGAACAUAUUCAGCAGCGCCGGUUCCAAUCCGGAGCCUGCAACAGCCACCCUUGACGGGCAUACUGUGACCGCCUCCGUUGCAUCAGCCGAGUCCGUUGGCUCCCCCGCCUCCGCUGCAGAACUGAUGGCAGCUCCCGACUCGAGGGAUGGCGACAAGCUAGUCCUGCACUCUUGCGAUACCGAAUGCGACUCCUCGGGCUGCUAUGGUCGCGGACCUACCCAGUGCGUGGCAUGCAGUCACUACCGCCUGGACAACACUUGCGUGAGCCGCUGCCCUCCGCGUUCCUUCCCAAACCAAGUCGGAAUCUGUUGGCCUUGCCACGACACCUGCGAGACGUGCGCAGGCGCCGGACCCGACAGCUGUCUCACCUGUGCCCCGGCCCAUCUGCACGUCAUCGAUCUCGCCGUCUGCCUGCAAUUUUGCCCAGACGGGUAUUUUGAAAAUAGCAAGAAUAGAACCUGCAUUCCCUGCGAGCCCAACUGUGCCUCGUGCCAGGACCAUCCCGAGUACUGCACCAGCUGUGAUCACCACUUGGUCAUGUAUGAACACAAAUGCUACUCGGCCUGUCCCUUGGACACGUACGAAACGGAGGAUAACAAAUGUGCCUUCUGCCACUCGACUUGCGCCACCUGCAACGGCCCCACGGACCAGAACUGCAUCACGUGCCGCUCGAGUCGAUAUGCCUGGCAAAACAAAUGCCUUAUUAGCUGUCCGGACGGAUUCUACGCCGACAAAAAACGACUGGAGUGCAUGCCCUGCCAGGAGGGAUGUAAGACGUGCACCAGCAACGGAGUCUGCUCCGAGUGCCUUCAAAACUGGACGCUGAGCAAGAGGGACAAGUGCAUCGUGGCCGGAAGCGAGGACUGCACUGAAUCUGAGUUCUUUAGCCAGACUGAGGGACAUUGCAGCCCGUGCCACGCAUCUUGCGGGAGCUGCAACGGCCCGGCGGAGACGAACUGCAUGUCCUGCCCGCCGAGUCGCCUGCUAGAACAGAGUCGCUGCGUGAGCGGCUGCCGGGACGGGUUCUUCAUGGAAGCGGGCUCCGUCUGCUCCCCAUGCUUGCACACAUGCAGCCAGUGCGUCUCGCGGACGAACUGCAGCAACUGUUCCAAGGGUCUGGAGCUGCAAAACGGCGAGUGCCGCACCACCUGUGCUGAUGGUUACUACAGCGAUCGAGGCAUCUGUGCCAAGUGCUACCUAAGCUGUCACACCUGCAGCGGGCCGAGGCGCAACCAGUGCGUCCAGUGCCCGGCUGGUUGGAAGCUGGCCGCCGGCGAGUGCCAUCCGGAGUGCCCCGAGGGCUUCUACAAGUCGGACUUUGGAUGCCAGAAGUGUCAUCAUUAUUGCAAAACGUGCAACGAUGCUGGCCCGUUGGCCUGCACUUCGUGUCCGCCGCACUCGAUGCUCGACGGAGGACUGUGCAUGGAGUGCCUGAGCUCACAGUAUUACGACACGACGACGGCCACCUGCAAGACUUGCCACGACUCGUGCCGCUCCUGCUUCGGACCCGGUCAGUUCUCCUGCAAAGCCUGCGCUCCACCGCUCCACUUGGACCAGCUGAACAGCCAGUGUGUGUCGUGCUGUCAGAACCAGACGACCGCCGAAAAGAUUUCGUCAGCACCCUGCUGCAACUGCGAUGGAGAGACCGGCGAGUGCAAAGCCACCUCCACGGGCGGCAAGCGGCGUACGAUUAUUGGCAGCGGCAGGGCAUCGUUCAAAAGCAGCGCAGCUAAGCAGGAAGCCUUUGAGAGCGUUGGCGAUGGCAACGGCAGGGGGGAGUUCGUUCUGCGACUGGACUCACCGCUGACGGCAAUCACAGCCAUCGCUGUGGCCAUCUGCCUCUUGAUCAUCACGAUAUUCUCAAUCAUCUUUGCUGUCUUACAGCGCAAUAGCAACCAUGUAUCCAGAAACUCAGUGCGGUAUAGAAAAAUAGCAAACACGUCGUCGAGCAGACGAAAGAACUUGUCCGCGAAGCCCAGCAGCGAUGCAAGAUUCAUUUUUAACAUUGGCGAGGACGAAGAUACAGAUGGUGAUAAUUCGGAGGACGAACUGGACGAUAACGUGGGCACAGAUAUAAACAGAAGAGUGUACGACAGAAAAGGCAAAGAUCAUGGACACGAAUUUUAUAUUGAGAGUACAAAUGAUAUUGAUGCGAUCGAGUUUCACUGCAAAGGAGCACAGAAAGCAGAGUUCCAGCCAAGAAGGUGCAACGAGAUCGGUGAUGAUGAUAUUCAUUCCAAUACGAAUACGAAUACGAAUACGAAUACGGAUAGCAAUCCGUCAACAAGCCGUACAAACAUCCGUAGCUGAUUGAUUGACCGGUGGACAACGGGACAGCGAACAUAAUUGUACCAAUACCAACUUUGAUCUUGGCUUUCUUGCUCCGGACUAGUAAAUUGUAACCUUGAUUUGAGGAAUAUAGCGAAUCGAAAUAUUUAACAUCUGAAAAUGAUAAAAUUUAUAUGUGAUUGUGAAUUGUUUUUAUAUAUAUAUUUGUAAAUUUAAUGUUUGUAUUAAAUUUUUAUGAAAAAUGUUAUGUCAAGUUGAAUAA